AUGACUGAACCAAAGGAUGAGUACCCGGCCUCUUUCACCGGCAAUAUGGACCACUGGGCGGAUAAUAGUCUCUUCGUCGAGGGUCAUUCGAACACUACCAGUCUGCCCCAAGAGGCAAACGGGUUCGACGUUAUGACCCUCGAUAUGACCGAUCUAGUCCGCAAGAUCCAAGAGUUGAGCCACCUCGGUAUCGAGGACAACAAGAUUGCCCUCCCUAAAAUCUGUGUUGUCGGAGAUCAAAGCACUGGCAAAAGCUCUCUUAUCGAGGGUAUCUCGGAAAUUCAAGUACCGCGCAGUGCGGGCACUUGCACGCGCUGCCCGAUGGAGAUCAACCUCUCAGAGAGCCAGCCCGGUGAGGCUUGGAAGUGUGUCGUUUACCUGUCUCGUCGAUACUGGUACGACCCUAACAAGCGCAUGCGGGUCGUCCAGAGGAAGGCUCAGACUCUGGGGCCAUGGGUUCCCAUGGAUGGUCGAGAUGAGGAAGUCUUUGUGACCCUGACCGACAAGUCUCAGGUGAAAGAUGCAAUUAAGUGGGCUCAGAUUGCUGUUCUGAACCCCAACCGCGAUUCCCAGAUCUACGUACCAGGCAGGAAACAGCAGGGCACGGAUGAGUCGACCACCGUCUCACCAAACGUCGUCCGUUUGGACAUUUCUGCUCCAGGCUUCCCAGCCCUUUCAUUCUAUGACCUCCCCGGCGUUAUCAGUCAGGCGGAACAUGAUGACGAGAAGUACCUCGUCAGUCUCGUCGAAAAUCUUGUGAGAUAUUAUGUUUCACAACCGAAUUGCAUCGUGCUCCUCACUUUGACGAUGACUGAUGAUGCUACAAACUCGAGUGCAGCAAGACUGAUCCGCGAUAUCAAGUCGGCCAAGGAGCGUACUUUGGGAGUUCUUACCAAGCCAGAUCGGAUCUCCCGAAUGGAGUCUUUCGAUCAGUGGAAGGAGAUCCUUGCCGGCCAGAAGUUCAAACUUGGUCAUGGCUAUUUCGUUGUUCGCAAUAACGGGGAUCCCACCGUGGAUCAUGCAAAGGCAAGAAUGGAGGAAGAGGCGUUCUUCUCCGACCCGUUCUGGGUUGGGUUACACUCACAGCACCAAGACCGUUUCGGAAUUCGACGCCUCCAGACGGCUCUGUCGGCCAUUUUGAUGGAUCAAAUCCAGAAGUGCUUACCUUCUAUUAUUGCCCAAAUUAACGAGAAGGCCUCUAGCAUCGAUGCCGAGCUCAAGACUCUACCGGAUCCUCCCACUGAAAACUACCAGCGGAUCCUGACCGAGAAGGUCGUUACGCUUGGUAUGAGGUUUCGCGGAGUCUUUGAUGGUGGUUCUGGUAAUGGAUCAUCAAGCAAUCUGUUCCAGAAGUACUGGAACCGCCUGGCAAUGGACUUCCAGAAGGCUUUGGCCAUUACGAAGCCAACUCUCAUCACAGCUACAGCUUCCGAUGUGGAUAUUAAGCCACAGCGGAUGGACUCGGACUGUGAAAUGAUUCUGGGUCCGUCGACACCGCGUUCCAAGCGAAAGGCGCCUGGUACAGAUGCUCGCCCGCCCGAGCCUCAAUCUCCUGUGGCCGUUAAUAGCCCGAGCUACGCCACAAAGGAUGUCUUCGAUAAGUGGAAUGGGCCGAGCCGAAAGAUCACUCUCAACGAAAUCAGGGACAUCAAGGAAGAGUCCCACCGAGCUGGGAUUCCCAACCAGAUUGACCCUAGCGCGAUCGAAACUCUGAAUCGCGCGAGUGUGAAGCAUUGGGAUGGCCUAGUCAAUGCAUUUGUGUCUGCAACUUGCAAUCUCGUGUUGCGGGUGCUGGGGAUGAACCUCGAUGAGGUAAUUGCCCAAUACCACCAGACAGGCCUUUACCGAGAGCUGCGUCGAGUGAUCAGUGAGUUUGUGAACCAACUCCGCGGGGCAUUCCUGGAUGAUGCCAUGGCGCAUUACAAGAUUGAGUGUGAGAAGCCUUUCACCAUGGCUCAGUUGCUCCAUAAGGAAGCUCAAGGCAACGCUCUUCGUGGACUGAUUGUUGGACGCAACCGCUCUCGCGCCCGAACCUACCUACGGAGCGCUGCUCUGGAUGCGAAUGAUGAGUCCAGAAUCGCUGAAAUUAUUAAAAACCUGGCUCCCGACACCUACUCCCAGGAAGUUGAGAUGAUGGCGAGUUCGCGCGCAUAUUACGAAAUUGCCAGCUCUCGUUUCCUGGAUGUGAUCUGCCAGUCUGCUUACGCAAAGGUGUUUUCGAAAUGUCGCGACGAGUUAGUUCACGUCAUCAAUUCUCAGUUGAACGCCGACUCUAAUGAUCGGUGCAUGGAGUUGAUGGCCGAGGACCCCGAAAGACAGCGCCGUCGAAUCACCUUGCUUGGGGAACGAGCAAAGCUGAGCAAGGCACAGCAGUGGAUUGACUCGAUCCGGCGGAAGGAGGAUGGGGAGGACACAGAGAUGUCCGAGAACACUGUUGGUGACAGCUUCUCUCCGCUCACCGAGUGGAUUGAUGAGUCCAUUUGA